UGGUCAAGUUGAAUCAGUUGAAAGUCAACAUGAAAUUUGGCUGUGCAACCGUGCUCCUGCUGGCCGCCGUUAUUGGCGCCCAAGCCUCCGUCGACUGGAAGUCGGUCAAGUCGAUGGACAUUGAGGUCGAUGUGCCCAUCUCCCAUCGUGCUGGUGCCCCGUCGGGACGCAUCACCCGCGGCGAGACCGCCGGACGCAAUCAGUUCCCCUACCAGGCGGGUCUGUUGCUCUACGUUGAUGGCGGUGCUGCUUGGUGCGGUGGCUCCUUGAUCAGUGAUCGUUAUGUGCUCACCGCUGCCCAUUGCACGGACAGUCUGACCACAGGUGUGGAUGUCUACUUGGGUGCCUGGGAUCGUACCGAUGGCAGCGAGCACGGACAACAGAUAAUCUUUGUGGAGACAAAGAAUGUGUUUGUUCACGACGCUUGGGAUUCUUCGCUGACCCGCAACGAUAUCUCGCUGAUCAAGCUGCCCGUGCCCAUUGAGUUCAAUGAGCACAUUCAGCCCAUCAAGCUACCCGCCAAAUCCAACACCUACAACACCUAUGCCGGCCAACAGGCUAUUGCCUCCGGUUGGGGCAGGAUCAGUGACUCUGCCACCAGUGCCACCAAUAUCCUGCAAUACAUCAGUGUGCCCAUCAUGAACAACUCCGGCUGCAAACCCUGGUUUUUCGGUGCCGUUUACGAGACUAACAUCUGCAUCAAGACCACCGGAGGCACCUCCGCCUGCAACGGCGACUCUGGCGGUCCCUUGGUGUCGGCUGAGACUGGUGAGCUGAUUGGUGCCACAUCCUUUGGCAGUCCUCUCGGCUGUGAGGUUGGCUGGCCCGGUGUCUUCACCCGUGUCACCUCCUACUUGGAGUGGAUCGAAGAGAUCAGCGGCGUGACCAACAGUGGAUUCUAGAUGCCAAAAUGAUAAUUUGCUUUUAACUUAUAAAAUAAAUGUUUAUUAAAGCUACAAGAAAUAAUAAUCGGA